CACAGAUUACUAGGAAAAGCAAGGUCGGAGGUUCACUUACUUGCGGAAUCUAUUUGCAAGCCAAGAGGAGGUUCUCUUUCUAUAUCGCCGUCAUCUGCGCACACAACACUUCAGUCAUAGCGGUGUUUUUAGAAGUUAAAGCAACAAUGCCGGUCGUGCAAAUUGUUGUGAACAAGGAAGCCAGCCCUGACACAAAGAAGGCCGUGGCCAAGGGUUUAACGGAGAUUGUUGCGGCAGAAUGCAGGGUGCCGCAGGGUCAUGUCCAUGUCCUCAUCCUCGAUAACCAGUUCUUUUCGUUUGGGGAUAACUACGAGAAAACUGCUGCAUAUGUGACUGUUCGGAGCAGCGCACAGCAGAUUGUUCCAGAAGCCCGUCGGAAUCUUGUGGUCGAGAUGGUCGCCAUCCUGACGACGGCCUUUGCAGAUUUGGACCCUUAUCGCAUCAACACCUUUUUCGAGGAACUCCCCGUCGAAAAUAUUGCAGUAGGUUGUUUCAGCUACUUGUUUGGGUUUGCGCCAGACCCGGACUAG